AUGAAUGAAAAUAAUAAUAUAACUGAAAAUAAUAACAAUGGUUAUAUAGAUCCUAAGAUGUACAAUAAAUUUAAAAAUGAUGGAUCCUUCUUACAAGAGGUUCUAGCGAUGCAAAAGAAAAAGAAAACCCGAAAAGUUAAUGAAGACGAGGAAAACAAUUCUAAGAAAAAGAAAUUAAGAAAUAAAGAAAAUUUAGAUGACAAUGAUAAGGGGAAAAUCAAUACCUUGGAUGGAAACGUAGAAGAUGAAAGAGAAAAAGAAAUAAAAAAUGAGUACAUUGAACAAAUCAACAAAAUGAAAGAGCAAGGAUUAUUUACCGACAAGGGAAUAGGGGCUGGUCUAGUUAAAUAA